AUGUGGGGUUGGGUUCACGGAUACCUUUCCCUCAUAAUAUGUUUAUUCGGAUCCGUUGCAAACAUACUCAACAUAGUCGUUUUAACGAGAAAAGAAAUGAAAACUCACACAAAUUUAAUAUUGACGGGUUUAGCGAUCGCGGAUUUACUCGUCAUGGUCGAUUACAUUCCAUUCAGUUAUUAUUUUUACGUCAAAUCUAAAAAAUACACGUACGGUUUAGCCGUUUUCAUAUUAUUUCACGCGAAUUUCAGUCAGGUAUGUCACACGAUAUCAAUAUGGCUCACGGUUAUACUCGCCGUUUGGAGAAACAUAGCCAUAGCACAUCCACAGAUAAACAGAGCGUGGUGUACGAAUCGUAGCACUAUCGUGGCAAUAGUGUCGACCUACGUCAUAUGUCCCCUGAUUUGCAUUCCCCUUUACCUCGUGUACACGUUGAAAACGUCCAAAUAUAAAAACGAAACGAUUUAUCACGUGGAAGCAAAUAACAGUCCUUCGAUGAGAGACGUCAAUUAUUGGAUAUACGGUUUCGUUAUAAAAUUACUACCCUGCAUACUAUUAACAUUUUUAUCAUUUCGAAUGGUUUUGUUUUUGAUAAAAAAUGAAAAGCGUCAAAAGUUAUUGAUAAGUUCGAAAGCUCUGAUAAAUACGGAAACGAGAAAAUCUAAAAAUCAAACGUAUAGGGAAAAACAAUCGCACAGAGCAACGAAAAUGCUUUUGGUCGUACUUAUAUUGUUUUUAAUAACGGAAUCACCCCAGGGGAUAUUAGGUUUGCUAAGCUAUAGCUUAGGGGAUCAUUUUUACAAUAGUUGUUAUCAUCCCCUCGGCGACGUCCUUGAUUUUUUAGCUUUGUUUAAUUCUAGUACAAAUUUUAUGAUUUAUUGCACCAUGAGCAGACAGUUUAGAGUUACUUUUAAUUUAUUGUUUAAACCGAAAGUGCUGAACAAAUGGAUGGUUACGUCACAAGUGAAUAAUGUAACAAAAGAUGCAACUCAGCUGACGCAAGUUUAG